GGCGCGCGGUCACGUGCUCCGCAGCCCUCCUUCCCCUAAUGCGGCCGCCGGAUGUCGCGCUGUGUCGCUCUUCUGGUGACGUAGUGUCGGUGACCGGCAGCGGGAAGAUGGCUGAGGGAGAGCGGGCGGCGGAGACCGGAGAGACGGGCGGAGAGCGGACGGCGGAGGAGCUGAAGGAGCAGGCCAACGAGUACUUCCGGGUGAAGGACUAUGACCGCGCUGUGCAGUAUUACACGGAGGCCAUCGCUCUCAGCCCAAAUACCGCCAUCUACUACGGGAACCGCAGCCUGGCCUAUCUCCGCACCGAGUGCUACGGCUAUGCCUUGGCCGACGCCUCCCAGGCCAUCCAGCUCGAUGCCAAAUACAUCAAAGGCUACUACAGGCGGGCAGCCAGCAACAUGGCGCUGGGGAAGCUGAAGGCGGCGCUGAAAGACUAUGAGACGGUGGUGAAGGUUCGCCCUCAUGAUAAGGACGCUCAGAUGAAGUUCCAGGAGUGCAGUAAGCUGGUGCGACAGAAAGCCUUCGAGCGAGCGAUCGCCUGCGACCAACACAACCGCUCCGUGGUGGAUUCUCUGGACAUUGAGGGGAUGACCAUUGAGGAUGAGUACACUGGUCCCCAGUUACAGAACGGGAAGGUAACUCUGGACUUUAUGGUGGAAUUAAUGAAGUUUUAUAAAGAUCAGAAGAAGCUUCAUAGAAAAUGUGUAUAUCAGAUCCUGGUGCAGGUGAAGGAUAUCCUGUCACAGCUGCCCAGUCUGGUGGAGAUCUCUCUGGAGAAGUCUCAGCAGGUGACGGUCUGCGGUGACACUCACGGCCAAUUCUACGACCUCAUGAACAUUUUCCAUCUGAACGGCCUCCCUUCCGAGAGCAACCCUUAUAUAUUUAAUGGUGACUUUGUAGAUCGUGGAUCGUUCUCGGUGGAAGUGAUUGUGACGCUCUGCAGCUUCAAACUGCUGUAUCCGGCCCACUUCCAUCUGCUGCGAGGGAAUCACGAGACGGACACCAUGAACCAAAUGUACGGAUUUGAGGGAGAAGUGAAGGCCAAGUACUCAGCCCAGAUGUUCCAGCUCUUCAGCGAGGUGUUCCAGUGGCUGCCGCUGGCGAUGUGCAUCAAUCAGCGUGUCCUGAUCAUGCACGGCGGUCUCUUCUCGGAAGACGGCGUCACCUUGGAUCAGAUUCGAAAUAUUGAGCGGAAUCGGCAACCACCAGACUCAGGACCAAUGUGCGACCUUCUGUGGUCGGAUCCCCAGCCACAGGACGGGCGAUCCACCAGUAAGCGGGGUGUCAGCUGUCAGUUUGGCCCAGAUGUGACCCGCCGGUUCCUGGAGGAGAAUGGUCUGGAUUACAUUAUCCGGAGUCACGAGGUGAAGGCCGAAGGCUAUGAAGUGACCCACAAUGGCCUCUGUGUGACCGUCUUCUCUGCUCCAAACUACUGUGACCAGAUGGGUAAUAAAGGGGCUUACAUACAUCUCAGUGGAUCCGACCUAAAGCCCAAGUUCCACCAGUUUGAUGCUGUGCCGCACCCCAAUAUAAAGCCCAUGAUGUACGCAAACUCGCUGCUCCAGAUGGGAAUGAUGUGAGGAGGCUCUCGCUGCGGUGUCCGUGUGUCCGAGCAGCUGCCCCGGGCGGACAGUCAUAGGGGCUGUCCCAGUAUCUGCCCGGAGCCUGAUGGGCAAUAAAGAAACAAGAGGAAUAUUUUUAUUACUGUACCAGAGAGGAUGAGCGGUGGGGGGCGCGUGCGGUGUGUGUGCGACGUGUGACUGUGUGCGUGCCUGGGGGGUCGUGUCAGCUACAAACGCACAAUAAUCCUGCCACCCCUCCUGUACCCUGUGUAUCUCCUCCAUACCUCGUCCCACUAGUAUACCCUGUGUCUCCUCCAUGCCCCGCCCCUCUAGUAUACCCUAUGUCUCCUCCAUGCCCCGCCCCCUCCUGUAUACUGUCUCCUCCAUGCCCCGCCCCCUCCUGUAUACUGUCUCCUCUAUGCCCCGCCCCCUCCUGUAUACUGUCUCCUCUAUGCCCCACCCCUUCCUGUAUACUGUCUCCUCCAUGCCCCGCCCCCUCCUGUACCCUGUGUAUCUCCUCCAUUCCCCACCCCCUCCUGUGUGCCCGGUGUCUCCUCCAUUCCCCACCCCUCUAGUAUACCCUGUGUCUCCUCCAUGCCCCGCCCCCUCUUGUACCCUGUGUAUCUCCUCCAUUCCCCACCCCCUCCUGUGUGCCCGGUGUCUCCUCCAUGCCCCACCCUUCUAGUAUACCCUGUGUCUCCUCCAUGCCCCGCCCCCCCCUGUAGACUGUGUCUCCUCCAUGCCCCGCCCCCCCCUGUAGACUGUGUCUCCUCCAUGCCCCGCCCCCCCCCUGUAGACUGUGUCUCCUCCAUGCCCCGCCCCCCCCUGUAGACUGUGUCUCGUUCAUGCCCUGCCCCCUCCUGUAGACUGUGUCUUGUUCAUACCCCGCCCCCUCCUGUAUACUGUCUCCUCCAUGUAUACCCUGUGUCUCCUCCAUGCCCUGCCCCCUCCUGUAUACCCGGUCUCCUCAUGCCCCGCCCCUUCCUGUGUCCUCCAUGCACAGCCCCCUGCGAAGUCUGUAAUUACUUUGCUUCUAAUAAAGGUUCUGAUUACACUACA